AAUGGAUAUGGAUGCUUCAAUCCAUGACCAGGCCCGGGCUCGGAUAGAGAAGCUCUUGGCCGUGGAUUCGCGCGGCAGCAAGUUGAAAGCUUACACUCAUGUCAGAAACUUCAAGUACAUCAAGUCGGUGCUUGGCGGCGUCGAUGAGAACCUGCUUGACGUUGGGGUGAACGACAUCUUGAUGGACCUUGGAAUCUCAUCCAUGCAGGUGGAUGACUCUACAAGGGGAUUUAGUGUGCAAGGUGAUGGACCUUUGGAUAUGCGCAUGAAUCCUCAGGCAAGUUUGACAGCUGAAGAGAUAUUGAAUUCUUGGCCUGCUGCGGAAGUGGGAAAGGUACUAUGUGAAUAUGGAGAAGAAAGCAAUUGGAAAUUUAUUCAGAAUCAAAUUGUUGAAGCUCGUGCACAAGGGGGAUUGCAUACUACAGAUGAACUUGUGCAUCUUGUGAGAAGAGCAUCAUCCAAUUUGGGGGAAAAUGUUUUGGAGGUGCUUAAGGAAAUGAUUCCAAGCAGAGAUGAAGAGAUCAAAUUGAAACAAUCCAAAGAGAAACCACCUCUGAAGCUUGGUCCAGCUGAAAGCUUCUUGAAGUCAGUGAUUAGUAUCCCGUAUGCAUUUAAGAGAGUUGUUGCCCUGCUUUACAUUUCUAAUUUUGAUUUAGAGGUCAAUUACCUAAAUGAUCUUUUCAGGACUCUUAAGAUUAUUUCAAAUGUGCAGAUCAAAAAAACUGAGCAAACAAGUAAAAAUUACCAGCAAAAGGUAAGAGAAUUGGAGAAUUAA